UAUAUGAACGUUUCUCAUGUUGACCAAACCUACUGCGUUGUCAUGAACCCAGUUCAUGAAAGGCGCCGUUCAUAUCAGCAGAGCAUAUAAGAUCACGAAAGAAGCACGUAGAAUGGUGAGGAGCUAAAGUCAAGGCUAGCGAUGGCCAUCACUUCAGGGACGUCUUCCCCAAGCCAGACAGGAAGCGAAGGGACCAAUUACAAGAUCACAGGAUUGCUGGCAAUUCUCGUAUUCUUGGUCACCAUUCGGACGGUAACAUGCCAGCUGGCUGAACUACCUGCAUUAGGAUGCCGCUACGAACGUCAUACCCAGACGCUGCAGUGCAGCAACACUACUUUGGAUAAAGUCCUAGUUUCCCUUCGUAUCUUCGGCACGUUCCUCAACCAGACGCUGCAGCCAAAGCAUGUGGACAUCAGGGACAGCCAUGUACCACAACUGCCAUUUUUCUUGUCACAAUUCAACCAGUCUUUGGAAUCCUUCCGACUAGUGCGAAGCGCUACGGAAUACAUCUUUCCCGACGCCUUCGCAGAGCUUGCACUGACAGUGCUAGAUUUGUCUGAGAACUCGUUGUACUCCAUACCAUACGCCGUGGGCACCCUCAAGAGCCUCCAGGUGCUCAACCUUUCAUCGAAUGCCAUCUCCCUCCUCCGCCCAGGUCCAGUGUUCAUGAACCUCAACCAGCUCAAGGUACUCGACCUGUCGAAUAAUCUACUGGGAGUCGACCGUCAUGAUGUCCCAGAUCCGAAAUCUUUACGGGGAAACAAAGAGCUGCUCACGAGACUAGCGCCAAACAUUACCGUCCAAGAAUUCAGUUUAGAACCGGUGGCUGACAACCUGCACUUACUGUUCCUGAACGGAAAUCAUCUGGCCACUGUCCCGGAACAACUGUACAAAAGGAUCUUUCCACGACUACUGGUGCUGAACCUCGACGAUAACAUAUUAACAAACCUGCCAGAAUUCUCUAGUGCGCUUCUACCAGAGCUCAAGAACUUCACGGUCAAGCGAAACUUCCUACAGCUUGUGCCCUUUUAUAGCCUGCCCGUCACUGCGGAAACGGCAGACUUGAGAGACAAUCCAAUCCGCUGCGACUGCGCGGCUCUAUGGCUGCAGGAGUGGAAUACGCAAAUGCCGACUGGCCAGGGGUCCCUGACGUUGCCCCCGUGCGCCAGCCCCGAAGCUUUCCGUGGACGUUCCUUGUCCUCCAUUACGGCGGAAGCGCUCUGCUGGCACGGCAACCAGACCCGGCUAUUCCGUUACAUCGUCCGUGACUUUGAAAAACACGCUCUGCUCGCUCUGACCAGUCUGGACAGCAGCAUCUCCGUUACGUGGAGCGUUUCUAAUCCAGGGCUCCAGUGGGUUCUCUUAUACCGUAAGGAGUCUUCAAGUCCUUACCAAAUGACUCCACACCCACAAGCCAAGGAGAAACCGCGGACCACGGCCGAUGAAGCCGUUUUCACCGAUAUUAUAACGGACCUGGAGCCGGACACGGUGUACGUCGUCUGCGCCGGCAUACGGCAAGAACCUCCACGUGCCCCUUACAUCAUGGACGCUAAAAGAUGUCAGAAGGCACGCACAAAGGUUCAAAUACCUCCCCAAGUGACAACGUCGGUUGUGUCCGUUCAUCUACAGGUGACGCCACCGCAGCCGUAUACUAAGAAAGCGAAGACAAUUCUACUGUCAAUGAAGAAGUCUACGCAGUCUGUGACACUACGUUGGAGAGUGGAGACCAUGCCAAAGCAAUACAGGCGAUCUGUCCGCGCUAGAGUCACCGAGGAUGCGGCUCUGCCAAAAGAGUGGGUAAUCCUAGUCAGAAAGUUCGGAAGCCAAAACUUCACCGAAAUACGUAUCUCUGACAGCAGUGGUGAAAGUCGGAGUAACAGCACUUACAGCUACACUGUGCCAAAUCUGCACGCUUCCACUGCGUACGACGUCUGCUUGAUAGCAAUGGAUUCCGUACUGGAAGACAACGUUAGCAGCAUCUCUGGGUAUGCCAAGCACGUUCCUGACCACUUGAUAUCAUCUAAGACAGACAACCAAACAAUGACGUGCAAGGAAAUGUUGACAGAAGAUGAAGAACAGGAAGUUCUAAUCAAGACAAUCGCUAUAGUUACCACCGUUUCGUCCACAACUACUGCAGUCGUGGUAGCCCUUCUCUGCUGCUGUUGUCCGAGCUCGACAUUUCGUGGCUGCUACCGCAGCAUCAAGUCAAAACUGAAACCCAAGACAAAGACGGCGCAAACAAUUUCUGAGAAGGACAACUCCUAUCACAGCAGCGAUAACUCUGUGAAACUGCUUGUGCCUGUUCACAAUCCCGCUUACGAGGACACAGAGCCAAUCAUCAUGCCCCGCUGCCAACCCAGCAACACAUCAAUGCGCCCUCGGUCUAAAAGCGUUCCUGAAGAACCUCUUCCCGAGAAAACUCCACAACUACUGUACUCCCCUUGGGAGGAUGUAUCUACACUUAGAAAGACCCCACGGAGAACAAAGUCGGAAUACCGCGCAGAACCAACUGGAUAUAUCAAGGCAAAGCUCGCCCCAACAGCCCCAGACAUUGCCUACGUCUCUAUCGAAAAGAACGUUUCUUCUAGUGCUGAGAGCUAUGUAAAUCACAGUAAGCAAUUUUCCUGGGGUCACGGAUACCUCAACUCUAGCAGCAUUCAAUAUCUCGACGGACGAAAGGUACAGGUAUAUUCGCAUGGGUCCAAGACACUACCCAAAAGCUGUCUCAAAUCGGCUGCACGAAAGAGACAGCCUAAAACUGACAGCUUUCGUAACGACAAGCAUCCUCCUGAGGUUAACAAGUGUUCCACAACCCCAAGGAGAGGCUCGCUGGGUCGUUCCAGUCAGCGGCUCAGCUUUCGGACUUUCGGUAAAGGGUGCCGCGAUAAUGGAACCCACAAGCCCGCGAGAAGUCUUCCACCUCUGCCGAGCCGUCCACCACCGGCACCUCCAAGUGCAGGGACUUCGGCAAAGCAGGAGUCUGGAAGUGGCUGCGAAGUGUUCAUUGAACAUGUGUAACUUGAUAACGGUGCCGAGGAACAGACUAUGAAAGAACUGUACGUUUCGAAUUUCGGACCAGUGAUAAUGCAAGGAGUACCGUGCAGAAAUCCGAUGUGUUUCCCAUUUUCCUCAUAAGCUGAUGCGUGCAUCUAGUACGCGGCUUAUCCCCCCAUGUAGCUGAUACGGACUCAACUGAUUUGCAGCUCCGCAAAUUAGUGUAUAGCGUGCGUCAGAUAUGAAACAUGAGGCAUAUAGCUAUUCUAUGGGUUUCAUAAUGACACUGUUCAUGUUGGUGGGCAAUUCGAUUCUUACAUUCGAUCAGCCACCUGGCAUAGUGAAACUGUCUCUAUAACGAUGUAUGUAUAUCACAUUUGCCCACGAACGACAGAUGUCUUCUUUUCCUGUUGUUAUGAUGACAUUUAAGAAGUCUAUUCUACUGCUG